UGAUUAGAUAUACUGAUUCCUCCUUUCAAUGGACGUCAUUUAAGCGCAGACUCCUUGCCUUGAGUUGCGUCCUCCAGCUUUCCGAACCAUUCUUUUUUUCCUUAUUAUUAAGUAUUCCUGUGAUAUUAAUAGUCAUGAGUGCGUUCUAUUAGGAGUCCAAGAGAGGAAGACGAAGAAGAAGAAGCGGCUCUUUUUUUGCUAAUAUGAGCUCUUGAAAGCGAGUGGACUGCAGCACUGUGAUAGAGAGAGAGCCAGGAGAGCAAGAGGGAGAAAAGAGGGUUUACCAAGAGAAACUUUUCGACCCAAAAAUCCGCCGAAUAUCUGCAUUUUUUUUAGACCCACAUGAAGGGCAGCUGGGAUCUAACCGUUUAUUUCUGAUGGAUUAUCGUCCUGCUUCUGUGGCACAUAUCUGAUCGCCGGGGUCCAUCGUGAUCUUUCAGGAGCGAAAGAGUCUUUUUCGGGGGGCUACUACAUUUUUUUUGUUUUGCUGGUUAAUUCCCCCCCACCCCACCACCAAAACACGCAAAGUGUUUUUGAACUGAUUAUUCUUUUUCUUUGAGUGGGCAACCAAAAAAUCCUUUUCAAAAUGUUAGUGCACAGUUUUUCCGCGAUGGACCGUCACGACGGCACCAGCAAUGGGACAGCCAGGCUACCUCAGCUGGGCGGCGUGGGCCAGAGUCCCUACACGAGCGCUCCUCCGCUCUCCCACACACCCAACUCGGACUUCCAGCCUCCGUACUUCCCCCCGCCCUACCAGCCCAUCUACCCGCAGUCUCAGGACCCGUACUCGCACGUCAACGACCCGUACUCCCUCAACUCGCUGCACGCCCAGCCGCAGCCGCAGCACCCCGGCUGGCCUGGCCAGAGGCAGAGUCAGGAGAGCGGCCUGCUGCACCAGCACCGCAGCCUGCCGCACCAGCUGUGCCGGGAGUACCGGAGAGAAGUGCUCCUACCGGGCCACGGUCUUGAUUCGGGACUGUCGGACUCUAUCCCCAUCCAUGGAAUACCUCACUCUUUAGACGACGUGCAGUCUGUUGAUGAUCAAGGAAUUCACAUUCCCGACCAGACUGUAAUUAAAAAAGGUCCAGUGUCUUUAUCCAAGAACAACAACCUCUCCUCCAUCCCCGUCAAUAAGGACGGUCUUUUCGGAGGUGUGGUAAACCCCAACGAGGUGUUCUGCUCAGUUCCGGGUCGCCUGUCUCUCCUCAGCUCCACAUCCAAGUACAAGGUCACGGUGGCGGAGGUGCAGAGACGCCUCUCGCCGCCCGAGUGCCUCAACGCCUCUUUGCUGGGCGGUGUGCUGAGGAGGGCCAAGUCUAAGAAUGGAGGAAGAUCCUUAAGGGAGAAGCUGGAUAAAAUCGGCUUGAAUCUACCUGCGGGCAGACGCAAAGCAGCCAACGUCACCUUGCUGACGUCACUAGUCGAAGGAGAAGCGGUACAUCUUGCCAGGGAUUUUGGUUAUGUAUGCGAGACCGAGUUUCCAGCCAAGGCAGUAGCUGAAUAUGUAAACCGUCAGCAUUCCGACCCAAACGAACAAGUCCAAAGAAAAAACAUGCUAUUGGCCACAAAGCAAGUCUGCAAAGAGUUCACAGACCUGCUGUCCCAGGACCGCUCGCCGCUCGGGAACUCUCGGCCGCAGCCGAUCCUCGAACCGGGAAUCCAGAGCUGUUUGACCCACUUCAGUCUAAUCUCACACGGUUUCGGGACCCCGGCGCUGUGCGCGGCGGUCACGGCCCUGCAGAACUAUCUGACCGAGGCUAUCAAAGCCAUGGACAAAAUGUACCUCAACAACAACCCCAACAGUCACUCAGAUAACGGCACUAAAGGCGGAGACAAAGACGAGAAGCACAGAAAGUGAUGUUUCCAUUAUCCCACCUUCUUCUCCACCUGGGGGCCAAACCAAACACCCAGGGGCCCUUCUUCUUCUCCUUCUUCUUCUUCUUCUUCUUCUACACCGACCCACAACCCCCCCCCCCCCCACCCAACCACCCAAUAUAAAUAUUAUAAAUACCUUAUAAAUACUAUUGAUAAAGUUAAACGUGCCACUUCUUCCUGAAUCUUGCGCGGUUUUACAUGUUUUUGUUUCUACAUCCCCACUUUGGAUUCACGGAGACGCAUCUUCUUCUUCCAACAUCCUCCUGAAAACCAUAUGAAAUGUUACUUUAAAAAAAAAAAAGAAAAGAAAAGAAAAAAGCUGCAGAGGAACAGCUCCAGGGGUGAGGAAAAAGGUGUAUUUGCCUCAGCCAGAGGACUUUUUAUGUACUCCCCUUAUUUUUUAUGAGCUGCAACGAAUGGACUGAAAUCCAGCGACCCCUCUAUAUCUCAAUUUUACGAUUGUGACAAAAACCGAAGCUAAAAAGAGGAUGAAUUCUUAUCAGUAUUGUGAAUAAUAAACUUGAAAAACAAAGAGAAAAAUCCACAGAGCUCCAUGUCAUGACUUCAGUUGUAGACUCUCUCACUCUCUCUCUCUCCAAGCGACCAACUUGAACUUUUUGAAUUUCAACACACGAUUCGCGGUUAUAUAAGGGAAUCAGUGUUCAUGUAUGUAUAUAUUUAUUUAUGUGUAAUUUAAUGGGAAUUGUAAAUAUGGUGCGUCUGUUGAAACUUCUUUUUUUAUUUAUCUGGUGCCUCCUGUUUUAGUGGGUUUGAAUAUUCGGUUAGUUCUUUCAUGUGAUUUUAUGGUUCUUAGAAAAACAGAAGUUUGGGGUAUUUUUUAUUUCUCUGGGAUAUUUCAAUUCAGCCCUCUUGUAGCAUGUUGAGGCGACAUUGAAGCAAGUGAACAAAUUGAAUAGAAAUAAAACUUCCAUUUCUCUCUAUAUAUAUCAUCCUUAUUCAGUUCUUUUUUUUUAUUUUGAGACAGAGCAUAGGUGAGACCCUUUUUGUGUUUCUAUUUUCGUUUUUAUACAAGCUUUUAUGUGUUGUGCCAAUCAGAAUCACCUCUUGUUCUCUCCUUGAAGCACCAUAAAAGCAAUAAAUGGAAAUAUUGUCUUUUUUUUAAAUGUUGGAAGACAUUUCAAAAAAACAUUUUUUUGGGACCACCUGAUAUCUUGUUAUGUCCGAUAAUGUCCAAAAUUGGAGGCGGUUUUAGCUGUAUUGUAUAGACAUGUGCUGGCAAUAGUUCCCAUGCCUGUCAAUGUAUUAUAGUCCUUUGUUGCCCAGAAAAAAAAUAAAUAUUUGAUACGCUU